AUUUCUAGUGGCCCUUAGUUCCUGACCCUCUACCCUGGGCUUGGCAAUUGGAUAUUUUUCUUUCUGGCUGUAGGGACUUAUCCCAUAGCAAACCCACUGUGGGAGCCUUAUCUAACCCUGUACUUUAUUGUCAGCAGGAUGAGAGGCUGCCAUUCUCUAGAGGAUAAAAACUGACAUUUUUAGGAAGUGACCCAGCUAUUAAGGAAGCCAGAGCUGUCCCCACACACACCCUGCCCCUUGGGGAGGUGGAAAAGUCACGUCAAUCCUGCCUCUCUGCUUCUGGCCUAUAAGAGUCACUGGGGGUCCUGGAUGACCAACCACUCUCUCCUGGGGGCCCAAAGGACCAUGCUGGUGGUUGUCCUCUUCUCUCUGGCCCUGCUGGGCACCACGGAGGCCUGCAAGGGACACUCGACCUCCUUCACCCAGACUGGCAUCGUAUGUAGGAUCACCAGACCAGCUACCUUGGUGUUGAACCAAGAAACCACGAAAGUGAUUCAAAGAGCAUUCCAGCGUGCCACGUAUCCUGACAUCAAGGGAGAGAAAAUCAUGUUUCUCCUGGGAAAAGUCAGCUAUGGUCUACACAACAUCCAGAUCAGCAACCUGUCCAUCGCCAGCAGCCAAGUGGAUCUAAAGAAGGAUAAGAGCAUAGACAUCGCAAUUCAGAAUGUAUCUGUGAUCUUCAAAGGGACACUCCAAUAUGGCUACCAUGGAGGAUGGCUAUUGAGAGUUCAGCAGUCCGUUGAUUUCGAAAUUGACACUUCAAUCAACCUCCAGAUCAACACCAGGUUGACUUGCGAUGGAGGGCGUGUGCAAGCAGACACCUCGGACUGCUACUUGUCUUUCCACAAGCUGGCCCUUCACCUUCACGGAGAAAAACAACCAGGCUGGCUUGAACAGCUGUUUACAGACUUCAUCUCUUUCACCAUGAAGCUGAUCCUGAAAGGGCAGGUGUGUAAAGAAAUCAAUGUUCUUGCCAACAUCAUGGCUGAUUUUGUCCAGAAAAAAGCAGCCCUCUUCCUCACAGAUGGAGACAUUGGUUUGGAUAUUUCCCUGACCAGAGCCCCAGCAAUCAAAGACAACUACCUGGAGUCACAUCACAAGGGUGUUCUGACUUACAAGAACCAAUCAUCAAUCCUUCCAGACUCCACCUACAACCCCAGCCUCCUCGGUGACUCCCGAAUGCUGUACUUUUGGUUUUCAGAUAAAGUCUUAAGCUCCUUGGCUAAGGCUGCCUUCCUGGACAAGAGACUAAUGUUGACUCUGACAGGAGAUGAGUUCAAGGCAUUGCUGCAGGACAAGGGCCUGGACACCAACCAAGAUAUCUUACGAGAGAUUUUUCAACAUUCUUCCUUCAGUGACUCCCAGGUGGAGGUUCGAAGCUUGACUGCCCCCCAAAUUAUCUGCCAGCCAGAAGGCACCACGGUCAAGUCCUCUGUCAGUGUGGAGAUCAGGCUACUUCACCAGGACCGGGCCCCAACCGUGGCAUUCUCUUUUGAAGAGGACAUUGUGACUGUCAUUCAGGCAUCAUACGAAGACAAGAAACUGAUUCUAGACCUCUCUGAUUUCCAGAUUCACCAUAAGUCCUUCCAUUCUGCCUCUACAUUAUGCAAGCAGAGUCAAGAAUCAAUUCAGGAAUUCCUGAAGACCCUCACAGCCAUGGUGGGCAUCCCUGUGGUCAUCUCCUGGCUUGAGCCAGCACUCACCACACUGUUGAACAGUAAAGGCUUGGACCUCUUUGAUAUCAUCAAUCCUGAAAUUAUCACCAAUAAGGGUUACCUGGUUCUCCAGAUGGACUUUGGAUUCCCCCAGCAUCUGCUAGAGGAUUUCCUCCAAACCAUUAUCUAGAGGAGAGCCAGAGAGGGGCUGCCUGGACAGCUGAACCAAAGAGAAAUUGGGGAAAUUGGGGAAGGCUGCCUUUGUCUCUUCACCUUUAAAAUGGGGAUAAUCAUGAACACGUACAUUAUGGCACCUCAUUGGGGUGUCGGGAGGAUGGAUGGGAGAAUGGGUCCAAAUUAUUUUGUAAAUCUGCCAAAUUGCCAUUAUUCUAAUUAUUCUCAUUAGCAUUUUCAUUGUUUAAUCCCCCUUUGCUUGUAUGAAAACAAGGCCAAGAAAAUAAGAAAGAAUACUGGUGGUAUCUGCUGUCUUUUCACUUCCCUCCCCAGCCUCUACCCCUACUCUACAGAAGCCAUCACAGGCUCCUAUCAGCCAUAAUGUCAUUAAAGAAACGUUGACCAUAAA